AUGAAAAUGUGGUUGCUCGUCAGUCACCUUGUGAUAAUAUCUUUUACAACCUGUUUAUCAGAGUUUACAUGGUACAGAAGAUAUGGUCAUGGAGUUUCUGAGGAAGAUAAAGGAUUUGGACCAAUUUUUGAAGAGCAGCCAAUCAAUACCAUUUAUCCAGAGGAAUCACCAGAAGGAAAAGUUUCACUAAACUGUAGGGCACGAGCCAGCCCUUUCCCAGUUUACAAAUGGCGAAUGAAUAAUGGGGAUAUUGAUCUGACAAGUGAUCGGUACAGUAUGGUAGGUGGAAACCUUGUUAUCAACAACCCUGACAAACAGAAAGAUGCUGGAAUAUAUUACUGCUUAGCAUCAAAUAACUAUGGGAUGGUCAGAAGCACAGAAGCAACCCUGAGCUUUGGAUAUCUUGACCCUUUCCCACCUGAGGAGCGUCCUGAGGUCAGGGUGAAAGAAGGGAAGGGAAUGGUGCUUCUCUGUGAUCCUCCAUACCAUUUUCCAGAUGAUCUUAGCUACCGCUGGCUUCUAAAUGAAUUUCCUGUAUUUAUCACAAUGGAUAAACGAAGAUUUGUGUCUCAGACAAAUGGAAAUCUCUACAUUGCAAAUGUUGAGGCAUCAGACAAAGGCAAUUAUUCCUGCUUUGUGUCCAGUCCUUCUAUUACGAAGAGUGUGUUCAGCAAAUUUAUCCCACUCAUUCCAAUACCUGAACGAACAACAAAACCAUAUCCUGCUGAUAUCGUAGUUCAGUUCAAGGACAUAUAUGCACUGAUGGGCCAAAAUGUGACGUUAGAGUGUUUCGCACUUGGCAAUCCAGUUCCGGAUAUCCGAUGGAGGAAGGUCCUAGAACCCAUGCCAAGUACUGCUGAGAUCAGCACCUCUGGGGCUGUCCUCAAGAUCUUCAAUAUUCAGCUAGAAGAUGAAGGCACAUAUGAAUGUGAGGCUGAGAACAAUAGAGGAAAGGAUAAAUACCAGGCAAGGAUUUAUGUUCAAGCAUUUCCUGAGUGGGUAGAACAUAUCAACGACACAGAGGUGGAUAUAGGCAGUGAUCUCUAUUGGCCUUGCGUGGCCACAGGGAAGCCCAUCCCUACGAUCCGAUGGCUGAAAAAUGGAUAUGCGUAUCAUAAAGGGGAAUUGAGACUGUAUGACGUGACUUUUGACAAUGCUGGCAUGUACCAGUGCAUAGCUGAAAACACACAUGGGGCCAUCUAUGCAAAUGCGGAGUUGAAGAUCUUGGCUUUGGCUCCAACUUUUGAAAUGAAUCCUAUGAAGAAAAAGAUCUUGGCUGCUAAAGGAGGAAGGGUCAUAAUUGAAUGCAAACCUAAAGCAGCACCUAAACCAAAAUUUUCAUGGAGUAAAGGAACAGAGUGGCUUGUCAAUAGCAGCAGAAUACUCAUUUGGGAAGAUGGCAGCUUGGAAAUAAAUAACAUCACAAGGAAUGAUGGCGGUAUCUAUACAUGCUUUGCAGAAAAUAAUAGAGGGAGGGCUAAUAACACUGGCACUCUUGUUAUUACAGAUCCCACACGAAUUAUACUGGCCCCAAUUAAUGCUGAUAUUACUGUUGGAGAAAAUGCCACCAUGCAGUGUGCUGCUUCCUUUGAUCCUUCCCUGGAUCUCACAUUUAUUUGGUCCUUCAAUGGCUAUGUGAUCGACUUUAACAAAGAGAACAUUCAUUACCAGCGGAAUUUUAUGCUGGACUCCAAUGGGGAACUGCUUAUCCGAAAUGCCCAGCUGAAGCAUGCUGGUAGAUACACAUGUACCGCUCAGACAAUCGUGGACAAUUCUUCAGCUUCAGCUGACCUUGUUGUUCGAGGUAAAAACAGAAAAGGUGGAGAGAAAAACAUGGUGGAUCCUUUUCUCCCCGUCUGUGCCAGCCUGCCUCCAACCUGGUGA